CCGAGCGCAGAGCCUGGGCCCAAGCUGGAGUCCCGGCCACUCUGCCCGCAUCCGCCUCAGGCGCCCCUGCAGGGCUAGGGUUGGGGGAGCCGCGCCCGCGCCCGUGCGCCCCUGUCGCAAGGUCUGGCUGCCGGGGCCCGCGGGUUUCAGGCUGGCAGCGGAGAAGGAAGUAGCGGCCUCGCCACCGUCUUCGUCCCGUGCGGCGUCCCGGGGCAGGGCCGCGGAAGAGAGGCCGUCGGCGCCCAACGGGCCCUAGAAUGGGAGCGCCCUGCGUGGUGGACACAGCAAUGGCCGGGGCUCCGCGGGUCCGGCGAGGCCAGCCUGGGCCUCGGGCCGCUGCCUCGUGUCGAGCCGUCGGCAUCAGUGCAGUCUCCACCGACCCUCGUAUUUCCUACUGGACUUACUGUUGAUUUGUGGUAGCUCUUUACAUAGGGGCUCCGCCGUCGCAGUCUGGCAUCUUCGCAGGCGCGCGCCCUCGGAGCCCCGGCUGGGCUGCGGGAGCGGCGGGGGUCCCGACCUCGCUUCCCGGUGGUAGAGGGGAGCACGGGUGUCACCGCGUCCUAGGGAGCCGGGCGCUGAGUCCGCACCUCGCAAGCGAACGCGCCCGCCCGCCCCGAGGCCGGCUGCGCAGCGGUCGGAGAACCGUAAAGCCACUCGGCUGGGCGGGGAGGGGCGGGGAACGGGGCGUGGCCUGCUCGGCGGAAGUGCGUGCAUGCGCGGUAUUCUGGGACCGGAAGUGGGGCGCACGCCGCGGUCUGGUGUCAUGGCGUCUGUCAAGCGCCGCAAGAGGCGUCUGGCGGAGCUGACGGUGGACGAGUUCCUAGCCUCGGGCUUUGACACCGAGUCCGAGUCCGAGUCCGAAAAUACCCCAGAAGCGGAGACGCGGGAGGCGCGCGAGGCUGCGUGGAGUCCGGAUGAGCCGGGCGGGAGCCCAUCGGCAAGCCAGCGUAAAGGCCGUGCCUCUGAGCACAAGGACCAGCUCUCUCGGCUGAAGGACAAAGACCCCGAGUUCUAUAAGUUCCUGCAGGAGAACGACCAGAGCCUGCUAAAUUUCAGCGACUCAGAUAGUUCUGAAGAGGAAGAGGAGCCAUUCCACUCCCUGCCAGAUGUGCUGGAGCUCAGCCUUUCUGUGCAGGAAGCCAGUGAGGAGGAGGAUGGAGCAGAGGAGGGGGAUGAUGGAGAAACAGUCCCCAGAGGGCUGAAGGGGAAGAAGAAUUCUGUUCCUGUGAGUCUCACCAUGGUUGAGAGAUGGAAACAGGCAGCAAAGCAACGCCUCACUCCAAGGCUGUUCCAUGAAGUGGCGCAGGCGUUCCGAGCAGCUGUGGCCACCACCCAGGGAGACCAGGAAAGUGCUGAGGCCAACAAAUUCCAGGUCACAGACAGUGCUGUGUUCAAUGCUCUGGUCACCUUCUGUGUGAGAGAUCUCAUUGGCUGUCUCCAGAAGCUCCUGUUUGGGAAGGUGUCAAAGGACAGCAGCAGGAUGCUGCAGCCGUCCAGCAGCCUUCUCUGGGGGAAGCUCCGUGUGGACAUCAAGGCAUACCUGGGCUCGGUCAUACAGCUGGUGUCCUGUCUGGCGGAGGCGACAGUGUUGGCGGUCGUGCUGCGGCAUAUCAGCGCGCUGGUGCCCUGCUUCUUGACCUUCCCCAAGCAGUGCCGCAUGCUGCUCAAGAGAAUGGUGGUCGUGUGGAGCACUGGAGAGGAAUCCCUGCGGGUGCUGGCUUUCCUGGUCCUCAGCAGAGUCUGCCGGCACAAGAAGGAUGCUUUUCUCAGCCCCGUUCUCAAGCAAAUGUACAUCACGUACGUGAGGAACUGCAGGUUCACCUCGCCUGGCACCCUCCCCUUCAUCAGCUUCAUGCAGCGGACCCUGACGGAGCUGCUGGCCCUGGAGCCGGGUGUGGCCUACCAGCAGGCCUUCCUCUACAUCCGCCAGCUGGCCAUCCACCUGCGUAAUGCCAUGACCACCCGCAAGAAGGAGACGUACCAGUCUGUGUACAACUGGCAGUAUGUGCACUGCCUCUACCUGUGGUGCCGGGUCCUGAGCACCGUGGGCCCCCGUGAAGCCCUGCAGCCCUUGGUCUACCCCCUUGCCCAGGUCAUCAUCGGCUGCAUCAAGCUCAUCCCCACUGCCCGCUUCUACCCACUGCGAAUGCACUGCAUCCGUGCCCUGACGCUGCUCUCAGGGAGCUCAGGGGCCUUCAUCCCAGUGCUGCCUUUCAUCCUGGAGAUGUUCCAGCAGGUCGACUUCAACAGGAGGCCCCGGCGCAUGAGCUCCAAGCCCAUCAACUUCUCCGUGAUCCUGAAGCUGUCCAACGUCAACCUGCAGGAGAAAGCAUACCGGGAUGGCCUGGUGGAGCAACUCUAUGACCUUACGCUGGAGUACCUGCACAGCCAGGCACACUGCAUCGCCUUCCCGGAGCUGGCCCUGCCUGUGGUCCUGCAGCUGAAGUUCUUCCUCCGGGAGUGCAAGGUGGCCAACUACUGCCGACAGGUGCAGCAGCUGCUGGGAAAGGUUCAGGAGAACUCAGAGCACAUCUGCAGCCGCCGUCAGAGGGUCUCAUUUGGCGUGUCUGACCAGCAGGCAGUGGAAGCCUGGGAGAAGCUGACCCGGGAAGAGGGGACCCCACUGACCUUGUACUACAGCAACUGGCGGAAGCUUCGGGACCGGGAGAUCCAGCUGGAGAUCAGCGGCAAAGAGCGGCUGGAAGACCUGAACUUCCCUGAGAUCAAACGUAGGAAGGUGGUGGACAGGAAGGAUGAGGACAGGAAGGAAUUUAAAGACCUCUUUGACCUGAACAGCUCUGAGGAGGAUGAGGACGUGGAAGACUUCUCAGAGAGAGGGAUACUGGGGCCCUUGAGGACUCGGCAAGGAGUGGAAGAGGAGGACGACGACGACGAGGAGGGCGACAGCAGCAGCUCCGAGGAUGGAGACCCAGAUGCAGAGGCGGGGCUCGCUCCCGGGGAGCUGCAGUGGCUGGCCCAGGGGCCAGAGGACAAGCUGGAGGAUCUGCAGCUCUCUGAGGAGGACUGAGGCAGCCCAUCUGGGGGCCUUUUGGGGGCUGGCGGCCAGUGUUGCUACUUCUCUGGCAGUCAGGCCCAGAGGCUGGCGUCUGUGCAGCUGGGGGAGGCAGUAGAGGGUGGACAGGCUUUAUUCAUUUUUCAGCAUGAAAGCCCAGAUUUCCUGGGUGGCUGCCAAGGGGUAGAACCAACACCUUGGGGCCUGCCUCCUGCCAGAGCCCCACAGCUGUGUGCUGUUUAAGUCAUCCUGCUCCCAGCAUAGUGGGGGGAAGCUAACCUUGAUGUCAGGAUACAGACCAGUUCCUGGGGAGGCCUGCAGGCCCCUUCCAACUUCUCUGCCCUAGCACCAGGCUCUGCAGUCACCCCUACCCCGUCUUUGGAGAUUUGUUCAUUUCCUUUGAAGUCACUUUUUCCCUUAAACUGUUUUUCUUUUUUGCAUCGCAAACCAAAAGAAAUAAAGCUUCGGGAGGUAGGGUGUGCCCCCCCACACCCCUGGCCACCUCAA